CUCGUACUAAAAGGACGGCGUCGGCGGCUGGCAGCAGGCGAGUGCUGUCUGGUGUGUGUCUGCAUGGACAGUCCGCUGUCCCCCGUCACCAGCCGCCUUCUCCAGCCCCUGGCAGCAUGCACACCCUGCAGAAGGACACUACCUUCACCAAGAUCUUCGUGGGCGGCUUGCCCUACCACACGACCGACGCGUCCUUGCGGAGAUACUUCGAGGUGUUCGGGGACAUCGAGGAGGCGGUGGUGAUCACUGACCGGCAGACCGGCAAAUCCCGCGGAUACGGCUUCGUCACCAUGGCGGACAGAAUUUCUGCAGAACGGGCCUGUAAGGAUCCCAACCCCAUCAUCGAUGGCAGAAAAGCCAAUGUCAACCUGGCCUAUCUGGGGGCGAAGCCAAGAGCUGUUCAAACUGGGCUUGCUCUGGGUGUCCAGCAGAUCCACCCGGCUCUGAUCCAACGACCCCUCGGCCUCACCACCCAGUACCUCUACCCGCAGGCGAUUGUGCAGCCGGGAGUGGUGUUGCCGACUCAGCUUCACUCAGUCGCCUCUCCCUUCAUCGACUAUGCCGCCUACACUCAGUACGCUGCCUACGAGCAGUACCCGUACACCUUGUCGCCCACCACCAGCUACCUGGGCUUCAGCUACUCCACUGUACCGCAGCCCGUGGCGGGGGGCAGCCCCGGUACCACUGCUGCUGCGUUCGUUCAGUACCCCCCUCAGCUGCUGCAGCCCGAUCGCCUACAGUAAGGGAAGCGGGAAGGGAUUCCAUUUGGAAACAGGACUGCGGUGGACGGAUAUGUGGGUGAUUGAUGCAACAUUGCUACUGGAUCUUUGAGCAGCUCAACCUGGAGAGCUGCUUCAAGUAUUAGCAGAGAUGGCAGCAGCCUGAUGCCUGAACUGGGACAGCUGACCCCUCUCAGCCCAAUGGCUGGAAGCAAAAUGGACAAGUCAGGGAAGCAGUCACCUCUCCUCUUUUCUGUCACCUCUUCUCUUCCAGCCUUCCUGUUCUUCCCCUGUGCCUUCUCCGAUUACGUCACGCUCCCUCCUCCUGCCCAUGUGUUAGCAGCAAAGCUGUUCGUUGUGAGGUACAAAGUGCAGCAGAACAAAUAACAGAAAACACGCUAAAUGCUGUUUUUUUGAUGUUUAAAAAUGUUUAAUUUAUCAACAUCUUACAGAGGAGAAAAAAUGUGUCAACUUUUUCAUAUUUAUUGCAAUGAUCUGUGCUCAAAACUGGGGAAAGAGGAAGAAAACUUAGUUGUUCAGCUACCAUUGUGUAAAUUAUUCUUAGUAAAUCAUAAACUAAUAGGUUGCUAAUUAAUUUCAAUAUGCAAAAAAAACUUGGAAGGGAAGCAAUAUUUCUGUAGUCAGAACACUGUUCUAUUUUCUUAAUUUUGUAAUUAAUCUUAAAAUCAUCUCAACUUGGGUAUAUAUUUUUAAAAAAUUUACUUAUCUGGGAAAAGAUGAGUAAUUUUUAGUGAUCGCGAUCUAUGUGAUAUCCUGUAAUGUACUGAAACUACUUAUUUUUAAGAAGACGUGCUACAUGCAGAAACUAAAUGACUGGAAAUUUGAAAUUUGCAUUUUAAACCCUCCUGGAAUGAAAGGGAUGUUUUAAGUUAUAAAUGCAAUUUUUAAUUUUUUUUAAUGAAGGUAUUUUUUAAAAAAGCAGAAGUAUUUUAGGCUCAAAGCUACAAUUAAGUAACAACCACCAUUCUGUUUAGACCGUAGCUGAUAUUGGGAGAAAUGUUUUCAAUGUUAUAUUAAAGGAGCAUAAAAUC